UUUUUGCACGCUUUACGGGAAGUUGCCAUAACUUACAAUUUUGUGAGAGAUUUUUUCAAAAGGCGUAAGAGAUAAGAAAAGCUGAAUCGAGGGACAGGAGAGAGAGAGAGAGUCUGUGUGUUAUUUUGGGAGAAAGAGAGAGAGAGAAGAGCGCAUCAUGGAAGAGAGUGGGAUUGAUGGCGUUGAUGGAAUACAUGAGGGGAGAAGGUCGCCCCUUCUGCAACCGAGCGGUGAGCCGGUGUCAGGAUGCGAGUCAUUGUCGUGGAGACUCAAUCUGCAGGAAUUCCCGUCGAUGCCGGAGAGAGCUGGCGAUAAGGAUUCCAAUCUUCGCCGCCUUCUUCGUACCACAAGGAAACGCAGCAAGAUUGCUGAUUAUUACAAGAAGCAGGAAAGGCUCAUUGAAGGGUACAAUGAGAUGGAGACCAUGAUUGAAACAGGUUGUCUGCCUGGAAGUCUAACAGAGGAUGAGGUGAAGCAGCUUGCAAAGAGUGAGAAGAUGGCGGUGUAUGUAUCAAACAUAGCUAACUUGGUGCUCUUUCUGGCAAAGGUUUAUGCUUCUUUUGAGAGCAGAUCACUUGCAGUUAUUGCCUCAACCAUGGAUUCUCUCUUAGAUCUCUUGUCAGGGUUUAUAUUGUGGUUCACUGCCCAUGCCAUGAGAAAGCCAAACCAGUAUAACUAUCCAAUUGGAAAGAAACGGAUGCAGCCAGUGGGAAUCAUUGUUUUUGCGUCAGUAAUGGCAACUCUUGGAUUGCAGAUCCUGAUUGAGUCUAUUCGAGAACUCCUUUCAAAGUCCAAGCCUGAAACGAAUCCUGAUAAGGAGAAAUGGAUGAUUGGUAUAAUGGUCUCCGUAACAUUGGUGAAGUUUGUGCUCAUGGUCUAUUGUCGCAGAUUUAAAAAUGAAAUUGUUAGAGUGUAUGCACAAGAUCAUCUUUUCGAUGUUGUUACAAAUUCAGUUGGUUUGGCGGCAGCUGUCCUGGCCAUCCGAUAUUACUGGUGGAUUGAUCCUACUGGAGCUAUUAUAAUAGCGUUAUAUACAAUGAAUACAUGGACGAAGACAGUCAUCGAGAAUGUAUGGUCAUUAAUCGGAAGAACAGCACCACCUGAGUUUUUGGCAAAGCUAACAUAUCUAAUAUGGAACCACCAUGAAGACAUCAAGCACAUUGACACAGUUAGAGCAUAUACUUUUGGAAAUCAUUAUUUUGUGGAGGUUGACAUAGUUUUGCCACAAGACAUGCUUCUGAACAAAGCACAUAAUAUUGGUGAGACACUGCAAGAGAAGCUUGAGCAACUCCCUGAAGUUGAGCGAGCUUUUGUGCAUAUAGAUUUUGAGUAUUCUCAUAGGCCUGAGCACAAGAUCACAAGUUGAUGGUAGUAGUGAUGAUCAUGAUGGCCGCAAUGAUCUGAUCCCAGCCUUUCCAAAGCAUCAAGGGCCUUCAAACAAGUUACUGAUUUAGUCAACUAUUGUAGUUAGUAUAUGAAACUAUUGUUCUCCAUCUUGUGGCUGCUGAGUGAAACUGUUCUGGCACAUGACCUGAAAUGAGUUCUCAAAACUACCUAUCUUCAAGGUAUCUUGAUUCUUCUACAAAUUCAAUUGGUCUUGCAACAGCCAUUAAGGCUACCAGAUGCUGUUGCUGGUAAAUGCUGCUGGGGCAAUCUUCCUAAUUAGUUCAAGAUAUCAGCUCUUAUGUUUAUCAUAAUUAAUUAAUUCAAGAUUCUAUUUCAUAGCACCAACUUAAAGAAAGCAUAUUGAAGAUAGCUUUAUAGUCAACAAAUAUUUGGGUAAAUGCAGUGAUGGAGAAUAUCUAACGUAUUGUAAUUUUGUCCAACUUCCACCGCCAUUGGGAUGACCAAAGGCUUGUGUCUAUAUGCAUGCGUGUGUUUUGUCUUUCUUGAAUUUAGCUGUGGCCAUCGGGUAUUUGAGGAUUAAUGCAAAAAAAUUUUUUUA